AUGGUUGCCUUCACAUCAGUAUUUCUUUGCGUUGUAUUUCCCUUUGUUCUGAGUGUUGAACUCAAGAAGUGUAUGUACAUUCCAUACUCCACAGAGAAAAAGCAAAUAACAAUAGAGAAAGCGUUGUUCCAUGAAAAGAAGUGUUACACACAAGGCAUCUUUUUACAAGACGAUAUUCUUUAUGAGUCGUGUGGGCAAUAUAAUAACUCUGCGUUUUCGAAAUACAAAUAUCCAGAGAUGGAACUCCUCUCUUCGAAGCGUAUAGAAGACAAAUAUUUCAGUGAAGGCAUAGCAGCAACAAAUGGCACUGUUGUCAUGUUGACGUGGCGAGAACACGAGAUCUUUCUCUUCAACCACAAGACUCUUGAGAUCGAGCGGAAGAUGACCUAUCCAUAUCAUGGGUGGGGUGCAACAUCCAUCAAUUCCUCUGCACUUUAUGUGACAGAUGGUACUAACAAGAUUCGUCGUAUUGCAGUCACUCCGAGUGGUGUUGCACUUAUUUCCGAAUUUUUCGUUCGUCGUGGCAAUAACUAUGUGUCACAGUUGAAUGACUUGUCAUACUUUGACAAGCACUUUUACAUCAAUGUGUAUUAUGAAGACAAAAUAGUCGUAGUCGAUCCAACAACAGGUACCGUCGAUGGUGAGAUCUGGUGUAAUGUAAAGCGAACUGGCAACGAAGAAGUUAUGAAUGGCAUUGCAACGAUCUCUCAAAACCAAAUUCUUGUGACGGGGAAGUAUUGGGACAAGAUGUUUCUUUUAAGAAUUGAGUGA